AGCUAAAUUUAAAUAUUUUCUAAAUGUUUUAGAAAACAUAAAAUUAUAAUUUAGAUAUUUAGAAAAUACUUAACUUUAGCUUUUAUAUUUUAUUUUUAUUUGACAUAUAAAAUAUCAAAAAAAAUGUUUAGGAUAUAUAAAAAAUAUAACAAAUUAAGAGUUAUGACAUCUAGCAAAAAAUAUCAAACUUAAAAAUUCGUAAAUGUUUAAUAUAAAUAGAAAAAUUAGACUUUAAAUCUAAAAUAAACCAAAAAUAAAACAUCAUAAAUAUUUUUAUUUAUAACGAAAAUAAACUAACACCAAAUCAAAUCAACUAAUUUUAGUUCUGUGUAUCAUUGUUUACUUCAUUUUUUCAAGUAAAAACUUUAAAAAUAAUAAGUGAAAUUUUAUUUAUUGGUUCAAUUGGUAACCGGGUUCCGAGUUUUAGUGGAUUUGGAGUUUAUUAUGUUUCUAAAUAUUGACUUUUAACAAAAUCCAAACCAAAUUUAUCUUGGAACACCGGAUUUAUUGGUUAAACCGCGAAUUCGGAUCGAGUUUUAAAAAAACGGUUGUCCAAGAUGAAUAAGCUGGGCUGAUGAAGCCUAGAUGUAGCCUAUAAAUAAAGCCGGACGCGUCGUCAAAAGUAAAGCAUUCCAAGUUGUAUAUAUAUAUUUUUUUUAAUCAAAGCAUUCCAGGUUGUAUAUAAACAGAAAUUGUGAAGGUAAAAGAAAACGUUUCAAAGGUCUCGAUAUGGAGACAGAGGAGAAGCAUAACCCUAAUUCUCUUGAGCGUCUCAGACCAAGAGAUACACCCAAAUCCUGGUCCGAGCUUCCUCUAGAUCUCUUGAUUUCUGUUUUCAAACGCCUCAGUUUUGUUAAUUUCCAACGAGCAAAAUCGGUAUGUCCGUCUUGGCACUCUGCUUCCAGACAAUGUGUGCCCAGAAAUCAGAUCCAUUGGCUGAUUCUCUUCCCGGAGGACAACAACAACAACAACGACAACAAUCCGUGCACGUUGUUCAAUCCCGAGGAAAAAGAUAAACUUUACAGAACAAAAGAUCUCUGUCUGGAAUUUGCAAAGAGUUUUUGUAUAGAGACCUACAGAAGCUGGCUCUUGAUGUCCAAUCGUAUGCAUAAUCUCUACAUUGUGAAUCUCUUCACCCAUGAGAGGAUCGAUCUACCUCCUGUGGAGGCACAGCAUGGAGUGACAAAGAUUGAGCGAACCUUGGAUGAUGAUGUGUUUCGCAUUACGAGUCACAACGGAAAGGAGUACAAAGGUAUUCGUCGACGAUCUCCAGUGCUUUGGAUUGAUGAGGAAACCAGAGAAUAUGUUGUGUUAUGGGAACUGCGUGGAUUGUGCGUAGUUUACUCUAGAAAAGGAGAUACCUCUUGGAAUCAAAUUCCUGAUACCUCGAGCUGCUGUGACAUGGUUUAUAAGGACUCCAAGCUUUACUUCUUAAGCUUAUUUGGUCAGUUCAGAAUCUUCGAAUUUUCCUCCCGAGAAUUUCCACAAGAAACCUUUCAGUGUGGGGUUGCUGUGGAAAGAUUUCGGUUAGGUAUCCAACUUCGUCAACGAAGUAAUUCCUGGAGCAUUGUUGCUACCAAACUUGUUGUCACAGCAACAGGGGAAGUCCUCAAGGUUGAGAAACUGUGGAAAUCGAGGUCUGAAACCUGGUCCUUCCGGGUUUUCAAAUUCUAUUCAUCAGGAUUCCUGAAGAAACAUAAUCGGAUUUAUUCUUUGGGCGACGAGUCAAUGCUUUUGGAUCAAGGCAUCACAGUUCUCGCCAAUGACACUGAUGGAUUCAUUAAAAAUUCCGUCUACUUCAGUGAUACUCAUGGAAAGGACGUACAUGGCAUCUUUCUUUUUAAUCUCGAGACACAGAAAACAGAGCUGUUGCACAAAUAUGACUGUUCUUCAGUUCAAUUCUCUAGAGCUAGAUGGUUCUUACCAAGUUUUAGGCAAGCGUGACUGAUCUUUGCUAUGUUCUACUCUUCAAUAAUAUGUUUUUUUUUUAUAAAUAUGUUGUUUAUUACUCUAUCUAGCGAUUAUCUCAACUAUGUUUCUUGCCAACGAAUCUCCCAAACUAUUUCAGGCUCCCUACUCUAUUUGGUUCUGCAAAGUUGUCAUCACAAGAAACCACUCAUAAUGCUAGUUGACUUUGGUUUUGUUUUGUUUACGGACCAGCCACUAUUGAGUUGUCUAUGUCUCCCAGCUACUAAUCUUCACCAAACCAAGCAAAGGCUGAAACCAUGAUUUUUGCCAACGUGAGUCUAGAUUCCUGUUGUGAAGUUCACCGCUCCUCCUAAUUGAAUACCUUAAGCAACAGCUAAACUAUUUGUCAUGUGCUAUUCGGAUGUCAUUCCACUACGGGUUCACGCAUUAGCUAUUUGUCAUGUGUCCUUAGAAUGGCUUCCCAUUGAUGUAAAUUUUGACCAUC